GCGACUACAACUUAAGUUGCGGAGAGGGGAGGCAGGUGAUCGACAACGCCACUUGGUACAGGUGUGCAGAUCCUGCGGCCUGCACUGAGCUGGACAAUGAGACCUGCUGUGAGGUGCGGCUUGCUGGUCCUAUUCCAGGUCCUGCCGUGUUUUGUGUGUUCUAA